UCUUGAUAAAAGAAAAAAAAUUUCUCUCUUGCCGCCUCUCUCUCUUACAGGCGCAAAACCUAUUCUCUCUUCUGUGUCUUCUCGCCUCUCGCCUCUCGCCUCUCUCUCUCUCUCUCUCAGCCAGCUAAACAACGAUAGCGAUGGCUUGUUCCACCGGAACCUCAAACGACCCCCGUCGUCGCCCCCGUCCAUCCGGAUUACAGCUCCCAGAUAUGCGACAGGGGAGACCUAGAAUGACUUCCUCGGGGCCUGCUGCCAUGGACCCAUCUUCUGCUCCGCCUGUCUUUCCUGGAGUUGUACCUCCUGGAGCUGUGCCUCACGCACCUACCGGCUCUUCAAGUGCAGUGCCUGCGGCUCCUGCCCCUUAUGUCAGGAGAACAGAAGAUGCUCUGCUACGUGCGCCAUCCCGACGUAACCAGCAACACCUCCAUCCUCUAAGGCUCAAUGGAGCAUUGUGGUUCGGUGUGGAUCCUGAAGUCCAUGCUUUUAUCCGAGAAACAUGGCAGGCAAACUUCUGGGGACCUUGGGCAAUCUGGACAAACGUUCCACCGGACAAGAGAGAUCAGUGGUGGCAUUCCUUUAUUCAACAUUACUACUGGGAUGACCAGUUCCAUGAUGAAAUCUUCUUAAAAUGGAAGAAACAAACUCAGGUUACCGUCUGUGGCCGCAUCAGCCAGAAAAGGCGAGAUAACAAGCAUCCUGCUUACAUCAAUGACACUGACUGGGCAGUAGUCUGUCAGAAGUAUAGCACUCCGGCAGCAAAAAAGAAGAGUCAGUCAGCUGCAACAUCUCGCAAAUCUGCUCCUAGAGGGAAGACGAUGUACAAGCACGGUGCAGGCCCACGCUGUUUCGUAAACAUCGAGCAUAGAAUUACGAUUGAAGACGGUGAACCACCUUCAUAUACAGCCCUAGCGAGGAAGAUACACACGGGCAAAGAUGGUUCCUUCCUAGACGAACGUACGGAGGAACUGGUGCUGGAGGUUGAGCAAGCCGUUGAAGAGAUGUUACAAGAAGAAUCUCCACUUGGCGAAGGUCAAACUGACUCCACUGCUGCUACAAAUUCAAAGCGCUUUCUUCUCAACCAAGAAUACAUCAAGAGAGGACAGACAAAGAAGGGUACAGUCUACGGCCUUGGCAGUGUUCAGUACAAGAACUCAUGUCCUUCUGUGCCAAUUCCUGUCUCACUUCAGCGCAAUCUGGACGUCGACAUGCGCAUGACUGGCUUCGAGACCAACAUUUCUGAAGUCAAGGAAGAUAUCAAUACUUUCAAGACUGAAUUAAACACUUUCAAGACUGAAGUCAAGGAUGGGAUGUCAGCAAGCCAAGCAACUCUCAACAUUAUUCUGCAAACUCUCCAAUCUCAAGCUUCCACUCCUGCCUCAACUGCCCAACCAUUUCAGCCUCAAGCUCAGUCACAACCUCAAAGUCAGCCCCAAGCUCCAGUUCAAUCUCAACAUCAGCCACAAGCUCAAGUUCAGUCUACGGCUCAUCCACGACUUCUAACGACCAGUAACCAUUCUGAGUUAGAUAGGUGGUGCCAAAAAGAACUUGGUAUUUAAGGUUUGGUCAGUUCAUGUAUUAAGCUACAAUCUUUUGUGUACUUUCUUUGUUUCCAUCAAAAACUUGUUAUCUUUUGAAUGUUUAAAACUGCAACUCUUAUGUAAUAUAUUUUGUUUCUAUGGUAUUUUGCCUUCUUGUUUGCA